AGUUGCCACCCAAGACGUGAUUCAGCUCCAACAAUUACCAUUAUCUGUUUCCCCCGUUUGACGAUACGGGACGAAUCUGUAAUGAUGACGAGUGUUUCCUUCGCUCAUUGUUGAAGCUCGGAGGUUUUUUUCUUUAUUCCUCACCUACCGUCAUUGGGUGACAGCACUCCAGCCAUUCAGGUACUCAGCGGAGGAGGAGGCUUUAUAAGCGAGCAGCCUUGUGUUUGCAGCUUAUGGAGUGCUGUUUGUGUAAACACUGAGCCCCGGUGCACACAGAGCUGCUGUUUGGACAGUGCGCAAAGUGGAAAGGAUCCGCUGCAGUGUGUGUUUUUUUUCCUCCUCCUCUUCCUUGGACAGACUUAACUUCGAGUGCUUGUUUAUUUCUGCGCAAAAACAAACUACCGGGUUGCACGCAACUACCGAAGGACGCGAUGGCUGCGCCGACCAAGUUCAGUUUUUCCGUCAGGAGCAUCCUGGAUUUGCCUGAGCAGGAUGCGGAGGCAGCGCCGCGGUCCUCCCCCGUCUACUCCUCCUGCUCCUCCAGCUCGCCCUACACCUCCUGGAUGGACUGCGACCGGAGCCCCUGCAUAUCAUCCGAUGAAGGCAGUGUCGAGGCCUCGCCAGACUCAACCAAGCCGGACGACUCAUCUCUGGACUCGGAGCCCGACAAGAGCGACAAGAGCAAAAAGAGCAAGAAGCGCCGGGUUCUGUUCUCCAAGGCCCAGACCCUGGAGCUGGAGAGACGCUUCCGCCAGCAGCGCUACCUGUCCGGCCCAGAGAGGGAGCAGCUGGCCCGGCUCCUCAGCCUGACCCCGACCCAGGUGAAGAUCUGGUUCCAGAACCACCGCUACAAGAUGAAGAGAGGCCGGGCAGAGGGAGCGCUCCUGGACGUGGAGAUAGCGCAGCCUCCGGUGCUGCGCAGGCUCGUCGUUCCGAUCCUGGUGCGGGACGGGAAACCUUUUCACACCUGCGUACUCGACACGGAGAAAGCUCCGUGUUUACCUCCUCCCUCUCAGGCGGUGCCCUUCCAUCUGCCAUACCCGUCUCUUCAGCAUCCCUCCCCGGUCGCUCUUCCUCCCAGGUACCAGCACUUUCCCACCGCGGCGGCCUCCAGAUUCGCCUGGAGAGACUUUUGGAGCGACUCGGUCCACUUUAAUUCUUUCAAAUGAAAGGCCUCAGUUCAAUGCACAAACUCAUUUAGAAUUGCAUCAAAUGUUUUCUGAAUGUUUAGCAGAUUUUUGAGCAACUUAAACAUUUAGAUUUUUCACUAGAGAACAAAAGGUAUUUUGCACAUUUUAUUUGAUAUUUCGCGUGUUAUUUUUUAAAAUGCUGAUAAUAUUUUCUCAUACACGGGCUUAUUGGUGUAGCCUGUUUGUUUUUGUUUUUUUAUUAUCCGCUGAGAUAAUGUAUUUGUAUGUUUCUGAAGCCGUUUAAACGUAAUAUUUGUAUAAAUAACUUGUUGCAGGCAGAUAAUGUACAGUAGGCUGCAUUAGGCGCUGAUAGAAGAGGUAGCAGCAAAGCUAUUAUGAUAGCCUGAAUGUUUGAAGGAACAAAUAAUGUUAUUCGUUGUCUUUAAGGAGACUUUCUUUAAAGUUUUUACCUGUUGAAACCGUUUCUA